AUGGACGGUUACCAGCGCUUAUCUGGACAACAACGUGACCAACGCCUGCCUAUUACCCUGCAGAUUAUGCGUUACCUGAAAGACGAGAUAUCGAAAUCUAGCCUGUCUUCCUUCGAUAAGAAAAUGUACUGGGCAGCGUUCACCGUGGCUUUUACCGGACUCUUGAGGGUAAGCGAAUACACCGCCGCUGCGCCCGGUCAGUUUGCAGCUAAGCAGACCCUCCUCUUGGAAGACGUUACACUCCACACAGAUUCUGUCGUUCUGAAUCUGAAGUCAACAAAGACGGAUCAGUUCGGGUAUGGUUAUCGUCUGUCACUGCGCAAGACCGGGCGUUCCGUGUGUCCCGUGGAGUCCUUACGCGCGUACACAACGGUUAGGACAACCAUGGCCAGCCAACGCGAACCGCUCUUCAUUCAGUCUAGCGGUGCCUACCUUACCCGCUCUGCAGUCGAUUUCACCUUGAAGAAACUUUUGCGUGCGCUUUCGGAUCACCCGAAGUAUAGUACGCACAGCUUCCGCAUCGGCGGUACAACGACAGCCGCCUUGGCAGGAUGUGAAGACAGCCAAAUUCAACGCACCGGCCGAUGGAAAUCCGGAUGUUUCGCGAAAUAUAUCCGCGGCACUGUGCCUGUCGACGGUAUCAAUCCUUACCGAUGA